UCGAGUGUUUAUUCACGGGGGGAGUUGGCACAGUUUUUACACUUUAGCUGAACGUCACCACUGUUCUGUUCUGGCUGGGACUGAACAUAGAAGAGCGUGGGAUCUGUUAAUUUUAUCUUACCGGUGUUGAUUAUGGCUGUGAACACAAGUACAUCCUUGGUGUUGUCCAGUCUGCUGUCAGUGCUGGUGUUUGCAGGAAUGCAGAUGUUCAGUCGGCAGCUGGGCUCAUCAGAGUGGUUGACCAUCCUGGGGGGCUUCCUGGGCUCUGUGCUCUUCAUUUGCUCUCUCACUGCUUUCAAUAACCUGGAAAACCUCAUCUUCGGCAAAGGCUUCCAAGCCAAAAUCUUUCCAGAGAUUCUCUUGUGCCUGUGCCUCUCUCUGUUUGCCUCUGGUUUGGUGCAUCGCGUGUGCGUGACGACAUGCCUGAUCUUCUCUAUCUUUGCACUGUACUACAUCAACAAAGUGUCAGCAGCCCUGUACCAAGCAGCUCCCAUUCAACCUCUUGCCAAACCCACAAGCAAGGGCAAAAGGAAAUACUGAAGCACUUAUGGCUUUCCGUUAUAGUCUCCAAGUCACCCAUUAAACCACCAGAAAGUUGUAUGAUCAUGAUACAAUAUCCAGUGUUUUUGCCAACAGUUUUUUUUUCAUUCCAUACACAUUGUAAAGAUAACUGAAAAAUCUUUGGUCUUACGAGCAAUAUAUGAGUGAUUUAUUUUGUUUCUGCUCAUGAAUUAUUUUUGUUAAAGGGUUUGUUAUUAAAAUAUGAUAAAAGAAAAUCUUGUCUGAUUUCAGGCAAUUGUUGCUGCUGCUGUUUCCUUUGCUAGCACUGUCAGAUUUAGCUUAUAUUAGUUUAUUGAAAAGGAAAGCAAACAGAAAGGGGGGGGGGGGGGGAGGGGUGUUAUAUUUAAAUUUAUCUGUAACACUGCCUAAGGGGUCACUACUUCCUAAGACUUCUGCAGCAGUCCUGGUACUGACCCUGCACAUAACGUCAGUGUCUACUUUCAACUGUACUUAACCUACAGUAGUAGUCCUUAAAGUUUAAACAGCCGGAUCAAUUUAGCAUAGAAUUCUAAGUAUGGGUCUUCACCACAGUAGUAGCUACUCACCCACAUGUUUUAAAUAGACAAUUGCAAUUAAAACCAGAUAGUUGUUAAACUGCUGUGCUAAACUGGCUUUAGAAACACAAGCACUCCUCCAUGAAAAUUUUGGUUGAGCUGGACAAAACUCUAGGCAGUUCACCUUUACGAUUUUUAGAGCAGUUAAUUUGCACAAAUGUACUACUUUCUUAAAAGGAUCAAUGCUGUAGUAGUGUUAUUGGAAUUAAAAACGUAAUGUUUUA